AUCUAAUCUGUUGCUGUUGCUGUUGCUGUUGUGCCUCUCUUGUUGAUAAAAUCUGUUUUUGUGAAAACUACCUACAUAUGUAUAUAGGUAUGUAUGUAUGUAUGUAGCAGGCAGGCACGACAGUACUUCUUCUUUCUGCGUCUUCAUGUUAUAUAGCAAAUCAAACUCUCCUUUCUCUCCUCUCUUUUCUCUCUGUCAAAACGUUUCAAGUUUAAAAAUUCUUGCCUUUUUAUUCCCUUUUUUAGGAAAGCUAUUAAUUUAAUUUGAUUAUCAUAAUAUUUCAUAUUUAUAUCUACAUAAGACUGACUCUUCCUCUUCUAUCUAUCCUCGCUUCCUUGCCUUGUUCUUCAUUCAUUCAUAUAUUCAUUUAUUCUAUUUUUUUUUCUUCUUUUUUUCAUCACAUCUUGAACCUGAACU